CUCCUCAAAUCAUCCUUCACACGGCCAGUGUGUUCUGUCUGUGUGUUUGUCCAAUUAUACAUACUUACCGGUUCUAGAAUUAUUAAAAUUUCGGAAGUACUACGUGUUCAUUACAAUAAAUUAGUGACAACAAAUUCCUCAGAAUGUCUAAAAAUGAUGGCAAAGACUUGGUGGAAGAUGGACUUUAUAUUGCUGCUUUUAAAAGAGUUUCAGAGCAAUCCGCUGGAACAGUCCGAUUUUUCGAUACGGAUGGGGAUGGGGAAAAGUUUGUGGUUUACAACAAUGAUGCGAGAUUAGCAUCAAAAGAGCUUAUCGGGAAUAUUUCAAUUCGUACCUGUAAAUAUAAGAUUGGAAAUGAGGAAAAGGUUUUAGAUUAUGCAUACAUUCGUCGAAGCAACUUUGAAACCUUUGUUCGCGACCUGCUUCUCGUCCGACAGUAUAGAGUUGAGGUUUUCAUUAACGAAUCGACAACAAAGGGGAGGAUUGAUUGGGUGCCAAAAUAUAAAGCAUCGCCUGGUAAUUUAGCCCAGUUUGAUGAUAUCCUCUUUAACAACAGUGGAACCGAGAUGACUGUUAACAAUGGUGUGAUGGGAAUUCGUAUAGGAAAUGUCGAUAAAACCAAGACGGUUGGUGUGGCUCAUGUUAACUUGAACGAAUGUGAAAUUCAUUUACUUGAAUUUGCUGACAACGAUAGUUUAACCAAUCUGGAGUCGGUGUUGAUUUUACUUUCUCCUAAAGAAGCUGUUUUCCCUGUUGUAGCGUCUCAAGCUGGCGAUGUUAACACCUUGCGAAAAAUAAUUGAGCGCAACCGUAUCCUUAUUAACGAGAAGAAGAUUGGAGAUUUUGACGACAAAGAUAUAGAUCAGGAUAUGAAGAGGCUCUUACAGUUCACUAAGGGAAAACUACGAAAUAUCUCAACACUACCAGAGUUCGACAAGAAAUUAGCAGUCUCAGCAUUGGCUGGAACUAUAAAAUAUUUGGAGCUCUUAUCUGGAGAGUCUUAUCAAAAUCAGUUUCGAGUGGUUCCCUUUGAUUUCGGUCUUUAUGUAAAAAUGGAUUUAGCUGCAUGCCGAGCCCUACAUUUGUCCCUCAAUAAUUUGGAGAAGAAUUCUAGAAACAAUGUUAACUUACAGUCGACUAUUGACCAGUGUCGCACUGCACAGGGUCACCGUCUGAUGGCUCAAUAUUUAAGACAGCCACUUGUUAGCAAAGAAAAAUUAGAAGAGCGCUACGACUUGGUUCAAAUUUUAAUGGAUGACAUAAUUUUAAGACAAACCCUUCGGGAUGAUCAUUUGCGAAAAGUACCAGACUGCCAAACAUUUGCGAGAAAGUUGUAUAGAAAGAAAUGUACCUUGCAAGAUUAUUACAAAUCUUACCUCUUUCUAACAACGAUGGAUAAAAUGUUGGAAGACUUAAAAACACACGAAGGCGAAAAGCAACAUGUAUUGCAGUCCUGGUUUAUCGAUCCACUUACGACUUUGGACGAAGAGUUAUCAAAAUUUAAAGAGUUGAUUCAAACAACAUUGGAUCUCGAAAUGGCCGGUAAAGGCGAAUAUGUCGUUCAAGCUGAUUUUGACGAAUCUUUGUUAGAGUUUAAAAAUGAGAUGGACAGUAUUCAAACUGAGAUGGGAGAUCUGUUGUAUAAAGUUGCAAAGGAACUCGGUCUUGAAGCCAAUAAAUCAGUCAAACUGGAAUCUAAUAGCCAAAAUGGUUACUUUUUUCGUGUUACUCUGAAGGAGGAGAAAUCCAUCAGGGGUAACAAUAAAUUUACAAUGAUUCGAUCAACCAAGGGAGCUGUUGGAUUUACAAAUUCCAAGUUGAUCCAGUUGUCUGAUUCUUACAUUGGCUACAGAAGUCAGUAUGAAUCUGAACAAAGAGGAAUUGUUGCUGAUAUGGCAGGAGUGGCUGCUGACUAUUACACAUGCUUCGAACAACUGGGUCGUAUACUUGCUGAGUUAGACGUCUUUACCAGUUUUGCUUUUUGCUCAGUCAACUCAACACUACCGUAUGUUCGUCCGAAAUUACUACCCAAAGGUACCGGUCGGAUUCAUUUUGAGGGUUUGAGACACCCAUGUAUUGAGUCUUUUGCUGAUGUUAAUUUCAUCCCCAAUGAUGUGGAUUUUGAGAAAGAUAAACAAAAUUUCUAUAUCCUCACUGGUCCAAAUAUGGGAGGAAAAUCAACAUUUUUAAGAUCGGUCGGAAUAGCUACCUUGUUAGCCCAUGUUGGAUGUUUCGUACCUGCCACCGCCGCUGAAGUUUCUAUUGUCGAUGCUAUUUUGGCGAGGGUUGGAGCAAGCGACUCUUUGGAUAAAGGGAUUUCCACAUUCAUGGCAGAAAUGAUUGAAGCCUCCUAUAUUUUAAAGACUGCAACACCAGAUUCUCUCGUGAUUAUAGAUGAGCUAGGUCGUGGUACGUCAACAUACGAUGGGUUUGGAUUGUGCUGGGCGAUUACAAAGUACUUGGCAAAAAAUGUAGGAUGUUACGGUAUUCUUGCUACGCAUUUCCAUGAACUCACUGAUUUGGCUGAUGAGAUUCUAACGGUGGCGAAUUAUCAUGUUGCUGCUAUUGCUACUGAUGGGGGUCUCACGAUGUUGUACAAAAUUCAAAAAGGACCCUGUGAUAGAAGUUUUGGAAUCCAUGUUGCCAGUUAUGUCGGAUUCCCCAAGGAUGUGCUCGAUGAGGCAAAACAAAUGUCAAAGGUCUUGGAGGAUUAUUGCCAAGAAGAGGACACUGAUGACAGUGAAGCUGCUGUAAAAAGGAGACGUGAUAACAAAAACGCGGGACAAAAGGUGGUUGACGAAUUUAUGGAUGAAAUCCGACAGUACUGUAAAGAGCAAGUUCCUGCUAACGGGACAAUUACAGAAGAAGCGGAAGCAGCAUUUCAGUCAAAGUUUCAAGAACUUUUACGAGAAGUCAAAGUAAAGGCUGCUGCAAAUCCGUACCUACAACACCUUCUUCGUCAAGCUUCAGCUGAGGCGGACAAGAAUAGGGUAUCAAAAACCUGUGAAUUAAUGGAUACUGACGAUAAUGAAGAAAUGGACAUUGGAGGACAUACUGACGAAGAGAACUGGUACAAUUAAAGUAAACGUCGUACUAUUAUAUUUUUGUACUUCAUUUUUAUAUUUCAGUAACUCAAUGAAUAAAUGCUCAAUGUCAAAAAAAUA